CUCACUGGGCACUGUGGAAACAGAUGGCUAAAUUCGGAACCUUGCCCAGUACAGUGACUUAAAUUCUGCUGUGCAUCUUAAUCUCCUGAAAUGCUUAGGUUUUAAAAAUACAGAUUUUGGACCACACCCCUACCCCCAAAAACCUCCUGGUUUCGUGGGUCUGGCUUGUGGGUGUUGGGAUCCUCCUUCCCCACCUGUGACUCUGAAGCAAGUGGUUCCUGAACUCCAGUUGGAAGUUCACUGAGGCUUAAUAAACAACUGAUGAAUUAACAGUGGAUACCGACUUUCCCAGGUUUGAAUGUGUUGGAGAAGGAGGUGGGUAAGCGGCUCCCCUAGCCCAGGAACUCAAACAUGACCAGGAAGAUCUUCACAAAUACCAGGGAGCGGUGGAGGCAGCAGAAUGUCAACAGCGCCUUUGCCAAGCUGAGGAAGCUCAUCCCCACUCACCCUCCAGACAAAAAGCUGAGCAAAAAUGAAACGCUUCGCCUGGCAAUGAGGUAUAUCAACUUCUUGGUCAAGGUCUUGGGGGAGCAAAGCCUGCAACAAACAGGAAUGGCUGCUCAGGGAAACUUUCUGGGGCUCUUCCCUCAAGGACCCCCCCUGCCUGGCCUGGAGGACAGGACUCUGCUUGAGAACUACAAGGUUCCUUCACCUGGCCCAAGCCACCACAUUCCUUAGUGUGGCCCUGGCUGUCAUCUCCCUGGGCAGCGCUUGCUCAGAAAUCACUGGCUGUGGACAGACUUUUGCACGGUCCAGAGUUGACUUGAUGAUAACUCGUGAAGCAUGAAUUUAAGCUUCCUGGGAGGUGGCACAGAGACAGCUACAGGGACCUGAAAGGAGCCAUGAGGAAUGUCACUGGUGGGCUGCCACCUGCCAGGGAUGUCAGGUAAAGCAGCCUACCUCUGCCUAUUUUAAAUCCAGGUUCUGCAUAAGACUUUUGGAUAAAAAAUUCUAAGUAAGAAAAAAAAAAAGGGUUGAAAAUCACUGUUUAUGUCUUCAGUUAUAAGAAAAAAGUUUUCUCAUAAGGGAUCUCAGAUGAAUAAGUAGAAUAUGCUUCCUUCAGAACAUAAAGUUUGUUUUGAAAAAUGAGAUGUGAACAAAAUCUUAAGAUUGAUGGGCUGGGCGCAGUGGCUUAUGCCUAUAAUCCCAGCACUUUGGGAGGCUGAGGUGGGCAGAUCACUUGA